AAAGAGACCGGUUGCAAGCUGAGCGGAAUCUAUGAUGACUGCCGAAACCAGUAAAGGACCCGCUGUGGGCAUGCGACAUGUCCAGGCCCUACUGAUCUUCCUCAACAUAACGAUCAUGUUCAUCGGACGCCUGAAUGUGGGCGUGUCCGUGGUGGCCUUGACCAAUGCAGAGUCCACGAAUCCGGAUUUUCCCGAAUACAACUGGACGGAGGCAGAGAAGUCCUACAUCCUGUCCAGCUUCUUCUGGGGCUACAUCUUCACCCAGUUCCUGGGCGGCUAUCUCUGCAAGCGCUAUGGCGUGAAGAGCGUCAUGUUCUGGGGAGUCUUUGGAUCCGGUGUCUGCAGCACUUUAACUCCUCUCUUCAUUGGCUUUGGAGAAUGGCAGGCCUACUGUGGCAUUCGAGUGAUAAUGGGACUGGCCCAGGGAGUGGUGUUCCCCUGCAUCCACCAGCACCUGGCCAGAUGGUCACCUCCCAAGGAGAGGAAUCGCUUGGGUGCUCUCAGUCACACGGGAAUCGAGUGUGGCAACGUGAGUGCCAUGUUUCUCAGCGGAAUGAUUGCCAAAAGCUCCAUUGGCUGGCCAGGAGUCCAGUAUGUCUCUGCAGGCCUAGCCUUCUUCUGGUGCGCCGUUUGGUUCGUAUUUGCGGCCAACAAUCCCACAGAAUCUCGCUUUAUUGGCGAACGGGAACUCGGCUAUAUCGAGUCGUCGCUGAAGCACAAUGAGAAGUAUCACAAGACCAUUAUCCCCAUUCCCUGGAAGGCCAUUUGGACGUCUGCUCCAUUCCUGGCCCUGCUGACAGCCCGAUGCUGUGAGAACUGGGGGUUGAGCACGCUGCAGGCCGAGAUUCCGUCGUACAUGAACGGUGUCCUGGACAUGGACAUGAAGAGCAAUGCUUUCUUUUCCGCUCUGCCCUUCCUGGCCAUGUGGUGCAUGUCGUACGUCUACUUGGUCACGGCUGAGGUUCUCUUGAACAAGAAGCUGGUUAGUCUGACUGUGCUAAGGAAGACCUACAACUCGAUAGCCUUCUGGAUUCCCUGCGCCACUUUGAUUGGCAUCGGAUUCCUGGACAAGGAGCAAAAGAACUACGCAAUAGCCCUCAUGACCAUCAGCGUGGGUGUGAAUAGUGCUCAGACCAUUGGCAGUGUCCUGAACACUAUCGAUCUAUCGGCCAAUCAUGCCAGCAUACUGAUGGGCAUUGUUAAUACAGCUGCCAACUUUGUGCCCAUAGCCACGCCUCUGGUUGUGGGUUGGAUUGUGGAGGAUAAUUCUGAUCGCACUGAGUGGCAAAUCAUCUUUAUUAUCGCCGCCGUUGUCUUUUUUGUGGGCAACUGCGUCUAUGUUAUCUUCGGAACUGCUGUAAUUCAGCCCUGGGAUGCGGAGGACUACCUUCAGCUAAAGCAACCCGAACUGGCCAAGGAACCAGCGGUCACUGGGGCAGCCAAAGAACCCUCCUCUUUGAGUGUCGAUGAAAAGCCAAAGCUAAAGUCCACAAGCAGAUAGUAACAAACCCUUACAAGUCCAAUUAGUUUAUAGUUUUUGUUAUGUAAAUAAAGUACAAGUACUCUUUAA